AUGGCUAUGAGGCCAUCUCAAGAUUUGAAGAGGCAAUUUGAAGGUGAUAGUGUCAAUAGGCAAGACUCGAGUCAAUCAUCCAAACAGUUGUCCGAAUGGGACAAAAUCGAAGAAGAGUAUUGCGCAAAAGCAUGCGACUCACUUGUCCGUGCACUAAUCCAGCAGCCAGAUGUUGCUAUGCCUUCUACAAGCGCAGCAACUGACAAUGAUCAUGCUAUACAUGGGAACGAGGGUUUCUAUGGAUUUGAUUAUGAACAACCCGACUCACCUCCUUAUGAUGAAAGUGAUUCGGAAACAGAAUCAUAUGAUUCUGAGCAGUCUAUUGCUUCAGAUACUGAUCUUGGUGUUGCUCAGAAGGCGGGUGAGUAUAAUCAACGGCGUCGAAUACGAGAGGUACGACAAUGGGAGGAGAUACUUGAAUCAAUGUUCAAGAUUUUCAUGAGAUGCAAGCUGCUCACUUUCGAUUGGAGCCAAGCUGAAACUUGGAAUUUCGACACAAAAGACCAAUGUUGA